AUGGAGGCGCUGAACACGGCGCAGGGCGCGCGCGACUUCAUCUACAGCCUGCACUCCACCGAGAGGAGCUGCCUGCUCAAGGAGCUGCACCGCUUCGAGUCCAUUGCCAUCGCCCAAGAAAAGUUGGAAGCUGAGCCACCCACUCCAGGACAGCUGAGAUAUGUAUUCAUCCACAAUGCGAUACCUUUCGUAGGGUUUGGCUUUUUGGAUAAUGCAAUUAUGAUUGUUGCAGGAACCCAUAUUGAGAUGUCUAUUGGAAUUAUUUUGGGAAUUUCAACUAUGGCAGCUGCUGCUUUGGGAAAUCUUGUGUCAGAUUUAGCUGGUCUUGGACUAGCAGGCUAUGUUGAAGCUUUGGCUGCCAGAUUAGGCCUCUCAAUUCCUGAUCUCACACCAAAGCAAGUUGACAUGUGGCAAACGCGUGUUAGUACACAUUUGGGCAAAGCUGUUGGGGUGACUAUUGGCUGCAUUCUAGGAAUGUUUCCUUUGAUUUUCUUGGGAGUAGGUGAAGAAGAUGAAAAACUGGAAAAGAAAAAUUAACCCUCUUAGAGUAACCCAUAAAGGAUGUAAACUAAUGUACCUCAGUUAUUAAAUAUGCUGUCACAACAUUUAGGAAUUAAGACAGUCACAGUGUAUAGAUAUGGGAUCAAAUAAUUCAGCAUGUAUUAUGGAAAACACUAACUUAUUGUGGCUUGGUUUUCUUAGGACAUCUUUUUUAAAAAAACUGUUUAGUAUCAUUUCAUGUAAAUUGUUGAAAUGCUUUUUCAUCAAUGGCAGUCAACAUUUUACCUUUUCCUUCUCUUUCUUAAUAUAUCCAAAUAUCAUUUAAGUAUCAGUCAUUGAUGUAUUGUACUGACUUGGGGUUUGCGUAUUUGUUACUUAACGUGUAUAUGCAUGAAAACAUUUUCUGUUGUGUUCCCUGUAGUUACAACUCAACCUUAAGAUUUUUCCGAAUUAUGUAAGAUGUUUAUUAUCAGUUGAAGAUUUUUUACUCUCUUUCUGGCAACAUCAAUUUUGUACUGUUUCACAGUAAACAUUCACAAUCAUAUAAUUUUAGUAAUUUUUAUUUAUUCCCACAUCUGUUCAAAACAGGGGCAGACUUUAAGGAUUUUAAGUUUCUGUUACUCCUUUUCAUUUCCUGUCUCAAGUGCCAGAGGUCAAUCAGAAUGAGCAAUUCUGUGGUCUUCCUACUACAUAAAAUCAUAUAUCUUAAGUAUAUUAUUUCAAAUUGACUUUUUUACUUUUAAUUUCUCAAUUUUUCAUAAUUACAUGGUGGUGUUUGACUCCUGAGAGGAAGAAAAUUAUUAUUUUCAGGUCUUUUUAAUGGUGAUUGUGGAAUUAGAGUGAACUAAGGGGUUGGACAUGACACUUGAAAAUUUAGAGGCUAAAAGAGUUUUUUUAGAGAAAUAAAAAAUGGGAACUGUCAAGAAGGUUUAUGGUAUCAAGUGGUGAAGCUGAAAGGAUGUUUGUAAGGUUAAUUAGAUACAAUUUAUAUUGUUCAGGAAGGGUUUUUUCCUCCAAAAUGUCUUCUCACCUGAAUUGAAUGAGUCUGAGUACUUCCUACUCGUAAUCCUGAUUUUGAAUCUUGUUUAAUGAAUUUUAUUUCUGGAUAACUUCUUUUGAAGUGAGAUAUAAAUAGUUUAUGUUUUGGGGUUUGCUAUAUAUAGUCUAAUAGUCAAAAGUUACAUGAAUUGAAAUGUUUUCUCCCUUUUUGGAUCUUUUUUCUUCUUUUGUGGUAUUUAAAUCAGAUUCUAGGUGGAAGUUAUUUAUUUCCAUUCUUGUAUAUCUGACUUAAGUAUAUCUGUAUAGGAAUCAUAAAUUUUAAUUUUAUGAACCCUUAAAGUUUGUUAGCUUGUGACCUGUUACACAUACUAAAAAGUUAUUCUUACUUGUAAGAGUAAUUAAACACAUCAUGGAGAGAAAAACUGAAACUAAAAUUACUACUUGGGCCACUGAAAUUAUUAAUGUUGGUAAAUAGAUGCAAAAGAAGGGAAACUUAUAAGAUAGCUGUAUUUACAGCUAUAACUAUAUAUUUAAAAUUUUUAUUUGCAAAUAUUUACUUUGAGCUAUUUUUUCCUGAGGAGCCAAUUUUCCCCACAAGGCAAUUUAUUGUAAAUUCUCUUUAGUGCACUUCAAAAUAAUUUAGUGCUAUCCUUUAAGCAUAGAUUUUUGAAGGAAAAAAAUAAUAAAACAAAAGAUAAAUACAUACCAUUCUUAAUAUGUACAAAUAGUAUCACAGUCUCUUUGGUCAAAUUAGAAUUAAUAGAACUUGCUAUCUUAAGCAGAAUUGUGGUUUGUAUCUUCCACGUAAUACCAUACACACACCAAAAAUUUUUUAUUAUUUCAGAUGAGAGGAUUAGAGUGCUCAUUAAAAAAAUUUUUUUUGGUAAAUGUUUAUGUGCUUUUGUCCCUCCCUAACUUAUAUAUUGCCAGUCCUUUCUGUUUUCAAAAAAAGCAUUUUAUUGUGGUGCUUAAAUUUUUUUAUUAAUUAAAUCCCAUAUCCAGAAACUUUGCCUUUGAGUUUAGAAAGGGCUUUUGAUUACUGUUGUGUGUGUUUUUGGUUUUUUUCCUGUUGAAAAUAACCCAGUCCUACAGAAUCUUUCAGUUUAGCUGAACAUCUGCAACAUUAUUUAAGGUGUCAAAACAUGUAACAGAAAAUCUUCAUAUUGAAAGAUAUUUUAAUUUAUGGACACAAUAAACAUUUGCAUCAUUCAGGUAAUUACUUUUCAAAAAAUGGCACCCUUAACCUAAGAUACACAUUUUUCAAGAUCUUUGCGUUUUGCAUAAAGUGAUUUCUGAAAAAUGGUUCCCCUUAAGUUAAUUACUUUAUGUAACCAUUAUUUUAUGUUACUUGUUACAAAGAACCUUAUUUCAGAUUGGAACUGGAAUUCUUAUUUCUAUAUUAGCUAUUUCUUUAUUGGGAGCACUAUAACUGUGGUUAAAUGCAACAUGAGCUACAUUUUAGUACUGUUCAUUUAAAUUCAUGUCAUCUGUGUAUUAUGAUUUAUUGACUUCUUGAUGCAUGUAAAUUGGGUGCAUUUUGUUGCCACUGUAUGUUAAAUGGUGACCAAUGUUUUUACGAAAGAAUUGAAAAAAAAAAAAAAUCUUUUAAGAAA